CCGACUGCCGGCAUUGCUUCCUUCUCCUUCCUUCCCAGUCGCUUUGUGAAAAUUGAUGCCUUGACGAAAGAAGAGGAGAGGAAGCCAAGCCACCCCUUUCGCUACUUUGCUCUCUCUCUCUCUCUCUCUCUGUGUGUGUGUCUUUCGGCUCUCUCAGAUUACACACUUUCUAACAAAACCUAGCUAUUAUGGCUGACAAUAUCCAAAAACAGCUUUUUUUGCCAUUGAAUUGAAGAGCAAAGCUAGCCGGGUCAGCUAAUUCCAUAGCUUAGGAGGGGGAAAUACGAGAGAGGGAUAUGUCUUUGAGAAUAAAGGCGGUGGUGGAUAGAUUCGUACAGGAGCUGAAGGAAGCUCUGGACGCGGAUAUUCAGGACAGGAUCAUGAAGGAGAGGGAGAUGCAGAGCUACAUCCAGGAGCGCGAACGCGAAGUCGCCGAGCGCGAAGCCGCUUGGAAGGCCGAGCUCUCUCGUCGCGAGGCAGAGGUUGCCCGACAAGAAGCAAGGCUUAAGAUGGAGAAAGAAAAUCUUGAGAAGGAGAAAAGUGUCCUAAUGGGAACUGCAUCAAAUCAAGACAAUCAAGAUGGAGCGCUUGAAAUCACUGUAAGCGGUGAAAAGUAUCGAUGCCUAAGGUUUUCAAAGGCAAAGAAAUGAGGCUUUACAUGAAAGGAUUUAAAGAUACAAAUCCAUGGUUGGGUGGUACUUUUUGUUUUCUUCUGAACUUGCUUUGAAGCCAAUUUUAUAGUCAAGAAACUUUAUUCCUUUUAGAUGCUUCAAAUAUGUACAUGUAGUUAUCUCAGUAUAAUGUGGAUUGGCCAUGCCUAUGGGCCUAUUAUUCAAUUCAAUGUAGAAGAUAGGUUUCGUGACUUUUA